AUGAAUUACUCCACAAGAGCAGUAGAUUAUGUAUACAUUACUUGACUUUCUCUGACAAAAUAAUCUGUUUCGAAACAGUAUUCAAUCACUACUUGUUUCUCCUAUGCAUAUAGAAGAACAAUCACUACUAAAAUCAAGCUCACAAUCAUCAUCGAGUGAGAAAUUGGUUGGAGAAAUUUGGAUGAAUAUUGUGCUCGUGUAGUUUGAUUUGGCUUUUCUGUAUUAGAUAGAAUUUAUCAAGCUAGAUUUCCGGCUGCUUGAAGCCCUAAUUUACGCAUACAAAGUCAGAUAUUCGCUGUUGGGAUGAAGAAUUUCGUGGACGAGAAUUUCGAGCUGAAUGAAGUUCAGAAACUCGAAGGUCACACUGAUAGGGUUUGGAGCCUCGCCUGGAAACCGGCCACCGGCAUCGACGGUGUCCCCGCCGUACUCGCCUCCUGCAGUGGAGACAAAACCGUCCGCGUCUGGGAACAGAGCCCUGCUACCGGCUGUUUCCAGUGCAAGGCAGUCUUGGAGGACACUCACACUAGGACUGUUAGAUCAUGCGCGUGGUCGCCGUGUGGGAAAUUAUUGGCAACAUCAAGUUUUGAUGCCACCACUGCUAUCUGGGAGGAUGUCGGUGGUGAUUUUUCGUGUGUUGCCACUCUCGAGGGUCACGAGAAUGAAGUUAAAAGUGUGUCUUGGAAUGCCUCUGGCUCGUUGCUAGCCACCUGUGGGCGAGACAAAUCAGUUUGGAUAUGGGAAGUAUUGCCGCAUAAUGAGUUUGAGUGUGUUUCGGUGUUGCAAGGACAUACACAAGAUGUUAAAAUGGUGCAAUGGCAUCCAUCAGUGAAUAUUCUACUUUCAUGUAGCUACGACAAUUCUAUCAAGGUCUGGGCAGAGGAUGGGGAUAGUGAUGAUUGGCAUUGCAUUCAAACUUUAAAUGAAUCCAACAGUGGACACACAUCUACUGUCUGGGCUUUAUCUUUUAAUGCCAGUGGAGACAAGAUGGUAUCCUGCAGUGACGAUCUUACCAUUAAAAUAUGGGGUUGUGACAUUAUAAGAAUGCAGUCAGGAGAUGGAAAUGCACCUUGGACACAUAUAUCUACUCUCUCUGGUUAUCACGACCGUACUAUAUUUUCCAUCCAUUGGUCACGGGAGGGAAUAAUCUGCUCUGGAGCAGCUGAUGAUGCCAUACGCUUUUUUGUAGAGAGCAAAGAUGAUUCGGUUGAUGGACCUUCUUACAAAUUGCUUUACAAGAAAGAGAAGGCUCAUGAGAUGGAUAUAAAUGCCGUGCAAUGGAGUGCCACGGUAAAUAUUUUGAUGACAAACAUAUCUGUUACGAACCUCCUUUAUGUGAUAGCUUACAUGAAUUGUUCUGGGCAUGCAUCUAAAACAUUAUGCUCUUCACCGCCAACGAAAUUUUUCCCUGCCAGCAGCAUUUGAUAGUAUAAAGAUUUUAUUUCUUUAAGGUAUAUGAUAUCAUUACCUGAAUAUAGUGAAUUAAAUAGGUAUCUUUGGAUCUCGUAUUCGUCGUCCAUAGAUGGAUGCAUCAGUAUCUUCUUAAGGGGUUGUCAGUAGAUACUUUCUUGAUUCUACUCUGAUGAUGCAAAAAGGACUAUAAAUAUAUCAAUCAAACAAAGUGAACGUUGCAGCCACACUCGAUGCUUCGGGUUUUGUUCCUCUUUCCUACUAUCUGCUGUCUCUCAGAUUUCUGCACUGAACAGUGUUAUAAGAUUAUUUGAACGAUUACAUCAAUCGACCUACGUAUGUUGUUGCUUAGCCUAUGUUUUUAUCUAUGACUCGAAGCAAGCCUCCACAUGUGAAGGAGGCGCAACAAUUGAUAAAUAACGACACAUCUAUUUCGCUUGGCUCUUGAUGUCGCAGGAAAACAGGCGGCUCGCCUCCGCCAGCGAUGAUGGAACAAUCAAGAUAUGGGAGUUUGUUUCUGCACCUGGGCAGAAGAAGAUGCACUCAUAGAUAGGUCCAUGUUUGUGAGUUAUUUCCUUGUCAAUUUUUUUUUCCUCCUCUUAUUGAUAGUUAUUGGUUGAAACAGAUAAACUUGUUUAUGAAUUUUUCUCAAUAUGAUAUGAUAUGAUAUGAAUAUGAUAUCCAAUUUUAUGAAUAACACCUAAACCGUUGCAGGUGAUUUUGUUUC